AUGUCGGGAGAGGAGCACAGCCUGUCAGAGUCAGAGCUGAGUCCCGUGGGGUCAGAUGACGGCCACUCGCUGUCACCGAGUCAGUCCGGAGCGCCACACGGCCCGGACUCCCCCCUGAGCGGCCCGCCUCAGCAGCUCACCGCGCUCUGCGUGGCGGAUGCGGGCAGCGAGGACGGAGGCAUAGUGAGGGCCAAGUCGGAGGAGGAGGACGAUCGCUUCCCCAUCGGGAUCAGGGAGGCGGUCAGUCAGGUGCUGGACGGAUACGACUGGACGCUCGUGCCAAUGCCGGUGCGCGUGAACAACGGGAACAAGGCGAAGCCCCACGUGAAGAGGCCCAUGAACGCGUUCAUGGUGUGGGCGCAAGCCGCGAGGAGGAAGCUGGCAGAUCAGUACCCCCACCUACACAACGCGGAGCUCAGCAAGACCCUGGGCAAGCUGUGGAGACUGUUAAACGAGAGCGACAAGAGGCCAUUCAUCGAGGAGGCAGAGAGGCUGAGAAAACAGCACAAAAAGGACUACCCAGACUACAAGUACCAGCCCCGGAGACGCAAAAAUGGCAAACUGACCCCAGCCAGUGAGUCCGACAGCCAGGGGGAAGGGGAGGCCAGCCACUCCCAGUCCCACUACAAGACCCUACACCUGGAUCACAAUGGUGGGGCUGGGUCUCCCCUGGGUGACCUGCACCACCACCACCACCACCAUCACCAUCAUCCCACAGGUCAGGGUCACAGCCCACCCACACCCCCCACCACCCCAAAGACAGAGCUUCAGUCUGGGAAACUGUCAGAUGCCAAAAGGGAGGGUGGAACAGGAGCGGGCGGAGGAUCUGGGGGUUCCAGGAGCGCCCUUGGAGUUGGAGCUGAGGGGGCAUCUGGUGGUCCUUCAUCGUCAAGCACCAAACCCCACAUUGACUUCGGCACCAUGGAUAUUGGCGAGAUCAGUCAUGAGGUGAUGUCCAAUAUUGAGCCGUUUGAUGUCAACGAGUUCGACCAGUACCUUCCUCCAAAUGGUCACCCACAGAGUGGCGCCGGGGCCCCCCCGGCCGGCUCCUCCGCCUCAUCCUACGCUUACGCCCUGGCUGCAGCCAGCGGGCACUCGGCUUGGCUCUCGAAACAGCAGCAGCAGCAGCCUCAGGCCUCUCCUUCGUCCUCGGAUCCUUCGAAGGCCCCCAUCAAAAGUGAGUCUGCGUCCGCUAGCCACUAUGCAGAGGCUUCAUCCUCCCCCUCCUCAGGUACCCACGUCACCUACACCCCGCUCAGCCUCCCCCACUAUGGCUCCGCUUUCCCUUCGCUGGCCUCCAGGGCUCAGUUUGAGUACGGAGACCACCAAGCCCCCGGGGCAUACUACACCCACUCCAGCCAGGCCCCAGGGCUGUAUUCAGCAUUCUCCUACAUGGGCCCUACACAGAGGCCUCUGUACACUACCAUAGGAGACCCCUCCAGCGUGGCGCCCUCUCACAGCCCCACACACUGGGAGCAGCCUGUUUAUACCACGCUCACAAGACCUUGAGGCAGAGCAGCUGAGCAGCGGGAAAUAUGGGAAGUGUGUGCGUGAAUCUCUUGUAUCUGUGUGCAAACAUGUGGGUGUAUGAAUUUUAUGUGUGUAUCUGUGCCAUAUUAGUGGUUUUUACCAUGUUUUUUUCUUUUUUUUUUUUUUUUAGCCAACAUGAUAAAAAGUGUCCACAAGAGCUAACACGAAACAAAGACUCGUGCAGAAUGAAAUGCGAAUCAUGGGCCCACAGCCAAUCAAAAACACGUCAAUGUUAACAAACGUGUGCCAUCCUAUUUUAUUUUUUACUUUGUCAUGUACAGCACUUGUAUAUACGUUACAAACGGUAGAGCGAGAGCUGGGAUUGGACUAGUGUUGGAUUAAAGAUUGACUCUGAUUACACCAGGAGGUGACAGGUUUUUAGACUGACAUAAUCUAAUUUUAUUAACCAAACUAAACGAUUAUUUGGUGUUUUUGUGUUCAUGCAAGUAGUGCAUUUAUUUUCAUCACGGUGUAACCAUCUUCACUGAUCGGCACCACUGCUAUGGAGAAAAAAAGAAGAAGCACGUUCUGUUUCAUUUCAGAUGUAAGAUUGUUUUUCAUGGCCAAAAAUGGACAGCUGAAACUUUUGUUGUUGUUGUUUUUAUUCUGUAGAUAUCUCACUCUAUAUUUCUUCCUUUGGAUCUAUUUUUGCUGAACUAAAUAAGCGUGUAUAGUGGGGAAAAAAAUAGGAAAAAGACAGGGAAAGAGAGCUCUUAAAGAUGUAGUAUUUUAAUGUGUGACUCCUUGGAGAUUUACCUCAGUUCUAUUUGCUUUGUGGCGAUCACCUGAAUUCCUGAAAAAAA